AUGUUUCUAAAAUAUGCAGCACAUUCGAUUUCACUUAUCGGAAUCCCAAUUUAUUUUUUCGGUUUCUAUUGUGUCAUUUGGAAAACUCCGAAAAAUGUGAAAAGUGUCAAAAAAUGUAUGAUUAUAUCGUGUUUAUGGUUAGUUAAUGUUCUCUCAGUUUCAAUUAGCCAAUUAAUUAUUUAAUAGGUGUCUGAUUCAAGAUAUUGAUUUGACCCUUCUAACAAUUCCAUUUAUUUUAAUCCCAACAUAUUCGGGAUUACCAAUUGGGGCGAUGAGUAAAGUUGGAAUCUCCACAAAAAUUCAAACUAUUAUCGGACUUUUUAUCAUUGUUGGUAAGUAAAUGAGUUUCAGCUGGCUAAAAAAAUCGGAUUUUCAAGGAGUAAUCUCUUCAAUCACUGGAUUACUCGAAAAUCAAUAUCAUAUUAUAAAAAGAAUUCGUCUAAACCUAUUCUUCAUGCAAUUUUCCAUAUAUUUCAUCAAUUUUUCUCUAUUUUCUAUUUUUAUGUACAUUGUAUUUAGCCAAACUCCAGAACAAAUAUCAGCUAGAAAUCGAGUGUUCAAAAUUCUUCCCAAUUUAUAUCCAACAAUCUACACUUCUGAUGUAUUUGUAAUCUCCGAAGAUCUAUCUUUGGUUUCAACUUAUUUUUGUUUAUAUUUAUCAAAUAUGAUUGGACAACUCGUUUUCUUUUCCGCUGUCACAUUUUAUAAUUUAUAUUUUAGCAAGGAAAAUUUGAUAUUGAGUAAAAAUACACGAAUUCUUCAGAGGAAAUUGUUCAUUGGAGUUUGUAUUCAAGUUACACUUCCUCUAACUUUAGUUGUCUUCCCAUUUUUAUCAAUUUUUUAUUGCUGCGUGUUCAACUAUCACAAUCAAAGUGGGUUUUUCAUAUCACAUGAAAGAACUUUUUCACAAAAUUCUUAAGAGAUUCCAAAAACAUACUGUAUUUCUAAUCAAGAUUAUUUUCAGCAUUAAACAAUUUUAUGUCAAUAGCAGUCUACUUACACGGAACUUUAUCAGUUUUAACAAUGAUUAUAAUACAUCCACCAUAUCGAAAACUUCUUCUCAAUUUCUUCCGCUGCAAAAUUGAAAAACAAAUCAAAGUACAGUAAGUUAAUUUUUCUCUUCAAUAUUUAUAACGAAUUUUUGUCGCUUCAGCAGUCUGGUUUUAAUGAACACCCGACCAUCGACAACAUAUUAG